GGCAUGAUCAUGGCAGCGAGUACCGGAGAGCGGCGCCUUUUCGUGGGCGGCCUCGGCCCCUCGGUCACGCAGGACGACGUUCGCUCGCAGCUGGGCCGCUUCGGGGACGUGUCCUCCGUGGAGCUCGUGUCUCGAGUGAAUGAACUCGGGAGCCCCGAGAAGACCUUCGCCUAUGUCAACAUCAAGCUGUCCGAAGGAGACCUGAAGAGAUGUUUGUCUGCUUUAAACAAGACCACCUGGAAAGGCGGCACACUGCAGGUCCAGCUGGCCAAAGAAAGCUUCCUGCACAGGUUGGCAAAGGAGAGGCUUCAGGCCCAAGCAGAGCAGCAGCAGCGGCCCCCAGAUGGCCCCACCACAGACCCUGUGACUGCCCUGAGGAAGAACGGAGGCCUGGAGUUCCACAUGAAAGCCGUGCCAGGAACAGAGGUCCCAGGACACAAGGAUUGGGUUGUGAGUAAGUUUGGGAGAGUUCUACCUGUCCUUCACCUUCGAAGCCAGAACAGACGUAAAAUCUUAAAAUAUGACCCAUCAAAAUAUUGCCACAACCUAAAGAAGUUUGAACAGGAUGUCACAAGUACUGUCUCUAUUUCUGACCUCACUUGGAAAUUGGAAGGAGGAGAUGACAUGAUGAGUAAGAAACAACAAGGUCAGUUUCCUGCCUUCAGAAGCUGUCCUAAGAGAGCGAGGGUUGGGGGCAGCCACUGCUCCCCAUCCAGGGCUGCGGGACGCCCUGAGCUGGCAUGCCCAGCCCAUGCAAACCCAACACAACAGCUGGGUGUGCCAAAAGCCAACUCCAGACCCACUGAACUUCCUAUGUCAGUGUUCUCUAAACGUAAGAAUGAUCAGAAGCUACAGGCAGGGUUUCUUCACACUUCAAAAUCACCCAUUGUCAGAGGCAAAAAUAGCAUGUCUGACGACGAUGUUGAUUCUGAAGAAGAGUUGAAAGCCAUGAUAGCAGAAGAGAAGAAAUCACAAAGGACAACCUUCCCUGAGACAAACAGCACUCAAAAGGAUUCCUUUGAGGUUGUCGGCAGUGAUUUCAAGCCAAAUGCGACCGUUUCAGGGAUGAAACAGAAAAGCGCCCGGGCCCCUUUUGCAGACAGUGCCACUCAAGUUUCUGAAGAUGACCGAGAGUAUGACUCAGGGGACACAGAUGAAAUCAUUGCUGGGGGAAGAAAUGGUGAUCGGAGCAAAGACAAGCCAAAAAUUUCACCAAAAAAUAAAUGCAAACAAAAAGAAGACUUUCUGAAAACUAGAGCAAACUAUGCAUCAUCUUCUCAUGCCCCAGAAACGAUUAAAAGGAAAAAUUCCAUGGUUGAGGAAGGAGAGCGUAUCACUAAAGUGUCUCAUGUGCCCCCUGAAAGUGAGAGUGGUGAGUCUGAAGAAGUGGAUUAUGAAUCUAUGAUGACUAACUGCUAUCGCCUCGACCUCACCUUGGCUGACCUCGAGAAGCUGGCAAAUGAAGAUGCUGAGCACCUGGGGGCAUCUGCCAUGUGUGCCAAGCAGGCUCUCCCCAAGAGACAGCACGUUGCUUCUGGCCAGAAAACGAAGAAGGGUCCCAAGAAAGGGGCCCGGUGCAUCAAUCCCAAGGACAUUUUGGCUUCCCUCUUAGAAGGGGAAGAGAAAAUCAGUGACCAGAACCCACCCAAGGAAAAUAGGUUGAAGUCCAAGUUUCAGGCUUUCAGAGGCAUAGGAACUCUCUAUGGAGGGGAGACACCAAAGAAACCCUUGAAGAAUGGCAGGCUCACCACUCAGGUAAAAGGACAGAAGUCUUUGAAACAGGAAGCAUCUCCUGGUAGUUCUAUGGAAAAACGAGCCUUUGAUUCGAACACUUGUUCUGGUGAUGAAAUGUCCCCACCCCAAGAUGGGAAGGAAGCAAAUGGGGCAAACGGUCUUCCACACUGUCCUGGAAAACUUCCGAGGAGGCAGCUAGCCAGUGGAGGCCAGCCACCUUCUAGUUCUGAAUGUGAAAAUGCUUCUGUUUCUAGCCUGUCCUCGUUGGACGCUAAGAAACCCUUGGGUCUUCAUGCAAAGACUUGUAAGACAGACUUGGAAAGUGAUGGUGGCCUUGGUGCCACUGAAAUGGGAGAUGCCAAGUGGGAAAGGAGUGAUUCCAUCACCCUCCGGCUGUCUGCAGGUCCAGAGCCCAAGCAUGGGCCAGCUGUUCUGAAAACACAUUCCAAGAAGCCCCUCAAACCCUCUGCUGGGAGGGACAGCAUGUCCGCUCAUGUGCUAGGGCAGGACCCGAAGGGAUCUCAGGCCAGGGAGACUGAAUGCCCGCCUUCUCGAAUCACGCCAUCUGAUGCCAUCAGCCCUCGUAAGCACUCUGAGGAUAAUCAGAAACGCUUGGCAGCCUUGGAGGAGAGGAAGAGAGAACGGGAGCUACAGAAGCAGCUGGUCCACAGCGCUCUGUCCAGCCUGGAUGGCCGUCCGGCAAGCAAACCAACUCACAUCCUGUUCAGCUCUGACAGUGAAGAUGAGACGGAAGAGAAAGGGGGUGAUAAAAAGCCUCUUCCAGGAAGCGGAGUGAAACGAGAUUUGGCCAGUAAAACCUCUGGGAAACUCUUCGAGAGCAGUGAGGACGAAGAGCAGGAGACCGAUGAUGAUGAGGCCCGAUUUCAAAUUAAACCCCAGUUUGAAGGCAAAGCUGGAAAAAAGCUCAUGAGUUUACAGGCCCGCUUUGGUGCUGAUGACCGCUUUCGAAUGGAUGCUCGCUUUCUAGAGAGUGAGAGUGAAGAGGAAGAGGAGGAGAUAAAAGAAGUAGAGACGGUCGAGGAAGAGGAGCUCAUCGCUGAGAAAAAGAAAAACCUGGAGGUAAUCAAGAACAUUCUGCACGUCGGCCAUCAGGCUCCAAAACCGAGCAAAGAGGAGACGGCUGCAAAGCAGUUCAGGAACGUUGUACACUAUGAUCCAACGAGGCUGGACCACGCCACGUUUGAGAGAAAAGUCGACCUUGAGGAGAAGGAAAGCAAAGCCAAGCGAAGAAAGAAAAGAGAAGAGGCUGAGAAGCUGCCCCAAGUGUCCAAAGACCUGUAUUACAACAUUGCCACCGAUCUCAAGGAGAGAUUCAGGGCUACAGAGCCAGCCCCGGGAGCAGCAGCCACUGGCCCUUGGAAUGAGACAUCCGAUGAGACAGAGACGGCUCCAGGAGCGCCCAACCCCCCGGUGGGACUUGGCGACUUCACCUUCUCUUUCUUCGGGCCGGACAUCAGUGAGGUCAAGGAGGCACCGUACAGGACUGAAGCCAGGCCACCUGGGCGCAUGGCCUGGCAGCAGGACCCUCGUUUCCAGGACAGUAGCUCGGAGGAGGAUGAGGGGGCGUCUGAGCCUGCCACUGGGAGCCAGGAAGUGGCCAAGCCAGAAGAAGUGUGGCCAUCUGGAAAACCAACCAGUAGAUUUUUCUUUUUCUCUGAGAAUGACGAGAGAUUAUGUGUGGGUCCUGGGUCAUUCUGGCAAGGUUCAGGAAGCCAGCCAAGCAGUGAAGACUGGGAAUCCAGAACCUUGGUUCUGCUGCAGGAUUGCCGGAAGAAACACAAGGCGGCCAGGAGGAAAGCCAAGCCCUAGAAGGUGGCCAGUUGAGGGGACAGCCGCCUUCCCCUUGAGCCCUUGGACCAGCUUCUUCAGGUCCUUUUGGAAAAGGUGGCCUGAGGGCCUGCUCUGAAGCCAGGGGUCCUGCCUUAGUGCUGGCCAGGACAAGCUGCGGCCUUUCUGUGAGGCCCCUCAGGGUGUCCACGUGCCCUUGUGGCCACAUGGUAAUGUUGUCUAUUUUGCUAAAUGUGUCCUGAUUGCAUUCGGUCAGGCUUGAUGCCUCAACCCCACACUGAGGAGGCUCCAGCAAAGAGUUUGACCCUGCAUGUGCCCCAGGGGCAAGAGGACCCUGCUGCAGAGAGAAGGGGCUGCGACAUUCCUCAGACCCGCCUGGCAAAGGUGGCUUCGGCAGGCAGGCAGAGUGAGCUCCCUGUUUGUCUCCGUGGCUUUAGGAAACCUUUGGAAUGAAUGUAAUAUUGUCUUGGUUCCUGUGAAAGAGGAAGAAAAGUUUAUUUUUUUUAAAGAAGCCGAAAGUGGCCGUAGGACUCCAUUCAGCCUCCAUCCCGCUGGGACGGACAUUCUGACAAGCCCCCUCCUCAGUGCUGACCUCAUGGUGUAAAUAAGACGGCUUAAUUUAUUUGUGGCUGUAUAAAAGUGGUUUGUCUCCUGUUUGGACAUUAUUUUUAGAAAUAUAAACAGGAUGGUGUUUUAUUUU